AUGUUACACACUUGUGGCGUCACCGUCGGCGUCCUAGUGGCCCUGACCGUCGGCACGAUCGUGCCGGGCCUUUCCGGUGAACCAUCGGAUCCGAAACAGCUGUUCGUCGGUCGGUUGGGGUCCGCGGAACGGUUGCAGUAUUUUGGCAGCGAGAGCGAAAGUGACUGGCCCUACUUUGAGCUGGUCGAUGUCGAUGUACGCCAUCCGGACGGAUCCGGACAUCGGGACGUGCCGGACUUCAAUCUGAGUUUCUCCUUCCGCAAUGAUCCGAUCGUGCUGCGACUCCAACCGAACCGCGCACUAAACGCCACCAAUGUUCCGGUGACGGUGCUUACGGCGGGCCAGGAACGUGUCACGAAGGUGCUGGAAGGGACACCGCGGCCCAGUAACUUUGUGGCGCACUUUGUGCACAACGAUGGCAACACUACAGCGGCUCUUUCGACCAACGGUGAUGACAAAUUUAGUGGAAUAAUUUUUCACACUUCGGGACCUCUAGAAAUAACACCAUUGGAUGUGGGAUUGCUAGACCGUCAAACGUCAUCAGUCUUCCGCCGUCCACAUUUGGUCAAAGACCUGCGGCCGCAAACAACCUCCGACGUAUCGUACGAGCUACUGCGACGUCGAACGCAAUCCGAAAUUCACCUGCUCGGAGACACACUUGGUCAGAAGAACUAUUCCUCCACCGAGCUGGAAGAGCUUGACGCCCGGGAUGGACGUAAUCGGAGUGCUCCGACGCGAUACGGUCGGCCGAAGCUAGAAUUGGCCGUGUUUUUCGAUGAAGCAGCCUACAACACGUUCGCCCCCUAUCUGGACCACAACGAUGCUGCCCUCCGGGACUUCCUGCUGGCGUACAUCAACGGCAUACAGGCGCUCUACCAUCAUCCCUCGCUGGGCCAAGGCGUGGACGUUACGCUAGUGUACCUCGAGCUGAUGCGCACGCAGCCACCGGAAAUGCCGCACUACGAUGGCGAACGUAACUUACUGCUCGACUCCUUUUGCGCCUACCAGAGCGCCCUCAACCAGGGCCGGUGGGAUAUGGGACUGUACCUGUCCGGGUUGGAUUUCUACUCCAUCGACAACGGACGGCGCAACGGAGGCACAAUGGGGCUGGCUACGGUCGGUGGUGUUUGUUUGAGUGAUUACGCGUGUGUCAUUGCCGAGUUCGGAGCGAGGAACAUCUUCGGCAAACCGUAUCCUUCGUCGGGCUUUACGUCCGUGUUUAUUGCGGCGCACGAGAUCGGUCACAACCUUGGCAUGCAUCACGAUUCGGUGGGAAACGGAUGCCCGAAAGACGGUUUUGUGAUGUCACCGUCGAGAGGAACCCAAGGCGAAACCACGUGGUCUACCUGUAGCGCCGAUGUUAUCUCUCAGUUAAAUUGGGCCGGUUGUUUGUUCGAAACUGCCGCUAACCCGAAGGAGGAAUACGAUACAUCGAAGUUCUACGAUCACCCGGGACAGGCAUGGACCGCUAAAAGGCAGUGUGAGGUAUUACUAACGGAUAAGGAUGCAAUUUUAGCAUCGGCUGUACAACCAGACAUCUGUCAGAAUCUUAGAUGUCGCACACCACAUCGGACCGGAUUCUACUUUGCUGGACCUGCAUUGGAAGGAACCGAUUGUGGUGAUAGUAAGUGGUGCAAUGGAGGAAAGUGUAUAAAGCAGAAGAAAAAACCCACAAACUCCACUCCCGGCGGCUGGGGAGGGUGGAUGGACGACGAGUGCAUUUCGGGAUGCUUGGAGCAAUCACGAGGUUACAAACGUCGCACCCGUCGUUGUGACAAUCCGCCACCGGUUAAUACCGACCAGGGGUGCGAGGGAGUCGCGGUGGAUGUGACCGUCUGCGACGAUCAACAACUGUGCCACUCGAACCGAGAGCCCGUCCAGUUCUACGCCAGUCGGCGUUGCAGAGAAUUUAGCCAGCUUCUUCCCCGGCUCGAUCCCGUCGGUCGAGGCAUUCAGGGUCCGUACGAUUCGAAACGCCUAUGGAUGAGUUGUGCGAUCUACUGCAAGCGUGCCGACAACGACGCGUACUACGCGCCACGGUUCGAUCUGAACGACCUGGGAGUCGACUCGUACUUCCCUGAUGGAACGCUGUGCCAUCAGGAAUCGGGAACUAACUACUACUGCCAGCAGCACCACUGUUUGCCAGAGAACUUCAAGACAUCGAAGAUAUCCAUCUGGUCGAUCACCGAAGACAUACCAGUGGCCGGAAAUGCACUACCCAUGACCUCGCACUUCCUUGACAGUGCGAUACUGAGCUACCUAUCGCUGGACCGAAACAUCACACCGUUGACUAGUACUUGGGCCCUCAAACCGGACCAACUUCCAAACGACGAUCAAUGGGUCGAUCAAGACUAUCUGGAUCUGACAGGGAGUUUCAAAACGGAUGUCGAUAAGCCCUUAGAAGGUGCAACAACAUGA